GCAGUUCUGGGAAGUCAUCAGCGAUGAGCAUGGCAUCGACCCCAGCGGCAACUAUGUGGGCGACUCGGACUUGCAGCUGGAGCGGAUCAGCGUCUACUACAAUGAGGCCUCCUCUCACAAGUACGUGCCUCGGGCCAUUCUGGUUGACCUGGAACCUGGAACCAUGGACAGUGUCCGCUCAGGGGCCUUUGGACAUCUUUUCAGGCCUGACAAUUUCAUCUUUGGUCAGAGCGGGGCUGGCAACAACUGGGCCAAGGGUCACUACACGGAGGGUGCGGAGCUGGUGGACUCGGUCCUGGAUGUCGUGCGGAAGGAGUGUGAAAACUGCGACUGCCUGCAGGGCUUCCAGCUGACCCACUCGCUGGGGGGUGGCACGGGCUCCGGCAUGGGCACGCUGCUCAUCAGCAAGGUGCGUGAGGAGUAUCCGGACCGCAUCAUGAACACCUUCAGCGUCGUGCCCUCGCCCAAGGUGUCAGACACAGUGGUGGAGCCCUACAAUGCCACGCUGUCCAUCCACCAGCUGGUGGAGAAUACGGAUGAGACCUACUGCAUCGACAACGAGGCACUCUACGACAUCUGCUUCCGCACCCUCAAGCUGGCCACACCCACCUACGGGGACCUCAACCACCUGGUGUCAGCCACCAUGAGCGGGGUCACCACCUCCUUGCGCUUCCCUGGCCAGCUCAACGCUGACCUGCGCAAGCUGGCCGUCAACAUGGUGCCCUUCCCCCGUCUGCACUUCUUCAUGCCCGGCUUCGCUCCCCUCACAGCCCGGGGCAGCCAGCAGUACCGGGCCCUGACCGUGCCCGAGCUCACCCAGCAGAUGUUUGAUGCCAAGAACAUGAUGGCUGCCUGCGACCCGCGCCACGGCCGCUACCUGACGGUGGCCACUGUGUUCCGGGGCCGCAUGUCCAUGAAGGAGGUGGACGAGCAGAUGCUGGCCAUCCAGAGCAAGAACAGCAGCUACUUCGUGGAGUGGAUCCCCAACAACGUGAAGGUGGCUGUGUGCGACAUCCCGCCCCGCGGCCUCAAGAUGUCUUCCACCUUCAUCGGGAACAGCACGGCCAUCCAGGAGCUGUUCAAGCGCAUCUCCGAGCAGUUCACGGCCAUGUUCCGGCGCAAGGCCUUCCUGCACUGGUACACGGGCGAGGGCAUGGACGAGAUGGAGUUCACCGAGGCCGAGAGCAACAUGAACGACCUGGUGUCCGAGUACCAGCAGUACCAGGACGCCACGGCCGAGGAGGAGGGCGAGAUGUACGAAGACGACGAGGAGGAGUCGGAGGCCCAGGGCCCCAAGUGAAGCUGCUUGCAGCUGGAGUGAGGGGCAGGUGGCAGCCGGGGCCAAGGUCAGCAGUGUCUGACCCCCAGAGCCAUCUUGCUGCCGACACUGUGCCCUGCUUUCCCCCUUGCCCUAGGUCUCCCUUGCCACCCUCCUGCAGUAUUUACGGUCUCGUCCUCCCCACCUGGGCCAUGUGUGUGCUGCUCCUGUCUGUCUUAUUGCAGCUCCAGGCCUGAUGUUUUAUGGUUUUGUUUUUUACUGGUUUGUGUUUAUAUUUUCGGGGAUACUUAAUAAAUCUAUUGCUGUCAGAUACCCUU